ACUGCAGUGUGUUCUCGUGCUCCGGCCGACAAAAACCAGCCCGGUUGAUGCGAAAUGAUGACUUAGCUCCCUGCGUUACAGGUGACUGGAGACAGCUGAGCUUUGGGAGCCGGAGGCGCGCAGCACACGGAGCUAAAACAAGGGGAGUGCGCGCAUGAAGCCGUGUGUGUGAGCUGCAGGUGAAUCCCCAACCUGUGAGGGCCGUUCGGGGACAAGCUCUUCGCCUGGAUGACGGAGUAUGAGACAAUGAAGCAACUGGGAAUGACGGGAAUAAAACGAGUCCAAGUCACGAGAGUGGAAAUGCGCGUGCGAUGACGGACGGCGCCAGGGACAGAGAAGAGGUACAGCAGAAGAAAAGUUAUCCAGCUCAUUAGUGGAGCUCCCGGUGCUGGAGAAGAAAGAAAAGAAAGACAGAAGACGGGACAAAUGAGCCAAGCGCGCGUAAUUCCAUAAACCAAUCAACCGGAGGAAGCAGAUUUUUAUCUUUCAAAAGACUCGAGACAGACAGGGAGAAAACCAUGGAGCCGGAUGAGACCAAAGAGGGAAAAGGCUCUAAUUUGGCACAAUCUGCCGCCUCUAAACUGUCCCAGAUGAGUGAAAGAACUAAACAAAUAGGCAAUGUAAUCCAAGACCCGGAGCGGCAGAAGCGGAUUAUUCUAGUCAUAGUCUGUAUAGUACUUUUGCUAGACAAUAUGCUUUACAUGGUGAUUGUGCCAAUUAUACCAGAUUACCUCGAAGGGCUCCAGAAAGCAGCAGAUCGAGCCCAAGAGGUUUCAGUGCACACCAACUCCUCUAACAGCACCCACACAGUCGCCAAGGGCAACUUCGACCUGCAGAUUGGUGUACUUUUUGCCUCCAAAGCCAUCGUGCAGCUACUGGUGAACCCGCUGAGUGGCACGUUUAUAGACAGGGUCGGCUAUGACAUCCCGCUCUUCAUCGGGCUCAGCGUCAUGUUCCUCUCAACUCUCACUUUUGCCUUCGCUGACAACUACGCGACUCUGUUCCUGGCGCGCAGCAUGCAGGGCCUCGGCUCGGCUUUUGCCGACACGUCUGGGAUCGCGCUGAUCGCGGACAGGUACACGGAGGAGAAGGAGAGGAGCAAAGCGCUGGGCAUCGCCUUGGCGUUCAUCUCCUUUGGAACUCUUGCGGCGCCCCCCUUCGGAGGAAUUCUCUAUGAGUUCGCAGGGAGGCGCGUGCCCUUCUUGAUCCUGGCCUGCGUGUGUCUCGCAGACGGCGUGAUGUGUCUGACUGUGUUGAAACCCUUCUCAAAGCGAGAGAGAGAGAACAUGCCAGUGGGCACCCCCAUUUAUAAACUGAUGCUUGAUCCUUACAUAGCUGUAGUUGCUGGUGCUCUCAUUGUUUGCAACAUCCCUCUCGCCUUCCUCGAGCCCACUAUCGCCAACUGGAUGGAGGCAAACAUGCACUCCAGCCAGUGGGAGAUUGGCAUGACAUGGUUCCCUUCAUUCUUCCCUCAUGUCUUAGGUGUUUAUCUCACUGUUAAAUUAGCAGCCAAGUACCCGCACCUGCAGUGGUUUUACGGCGCCAUAGGUAUGGUGGUCAUAGGCGCGAGCUCGUGCACGGUGCCCGCCUGUAAAACCUUUGGACAGCUCAUGAUCCCGCUGUGCGGAAUCUGCUUUGGCAUCGCCUUCGUGGACACUGCGCUUCUGCCCACGCUGGGUUUCCUGGUGGAUGUGCGACACGUGUCCGUGUACGGCAGCGUGUACGCCAUCGCAGACAUCUCGUACUGCGUGGCCUACGCGCUGGGGCCCGUGGUGGCUGGACAGAUAGUCCACAACCUGGGCUUCGUUCAGCUCAACCUGGGCAUGGGCCUCGCCAAUGUACUUUACGCACCGGCGCUGCUUCUGCUGAAGAACGUGACAAAGAUGAAGCCUUCGUUCUCCGAGCGGAACAUGCUCCUGGAGGAUGGACCAACGGGACUCUAUGACACUAUUAAGAUGGAGCAAAGGGAGAAGAAGAAGAAGGGUUUGUGCACGACCAUCGACGAGAACGGCAUUGAUACGUUUGCGCAGCGGUCGUAUUCAGAAGAGGAAUCCUCAGGGGGAGAGUAUGCGUAAAAAGGCCCUCAACUGAGUGUGAAACUAUGAAAGUGCCAAUGUAAACUUGUGUGCAUCCUGUCUGAUCAAUUGCAUAACACGAUUAGGAUUGUGUAACAACGUGAAUCAUUCACUGCUCGUGGUGUGUGACAGUCCCCCCGGGCAUUGUCAAAUCAAAUAGCUUCAAGCUUUCGCAGUAGAAAGAAAGGCGCGUGUUCAUUUUCAAGUGAGAGUCUGUUGAGAUAAAUGUCCACUCAUCAUUUCCACAGUAUUUACCACAGUGUCGGAAACUCAUAUUCAGGGACUAUGUGUACAUGUAUUUUAACAGUUAUAAUGUGCGCGUCUUUUGGUGUAAACUGUGUUCUUUUUCUGCCAGAGUUGUGCUGCUAAACUCAAUAUGCAAUACUGCGUGUGUCACAUAAGAGUUUUUGGAAAGACAAGAAGAGAUGGAAAUGAGCUGAAAACUGUGUCUUAUUGUGUGAAUUUAUUUAUUUGUUUAAUAUUUUUUUGGAUGAUAUACUCCUGGAAUGCAAAGCCUCAAUGUAUCUGCGACUGUACAUACGUGUACAUUUAUGUACAUAAUUAAAUCCGUAUUAUGUGAA